CUAUGACGGAGAUGGAUCGGAUCGAGGGGAUUCCCGCGCUAGUCCUGAUGAUGCCAUGAUGCCACUACCGACGAGCUCUCGCGGGGCUCGCGUGCGCAGAUAAGAGACCAGCGCCCCUCGCCCUCUUCAGUGUAGCGCAUCCAACACUUGACUCUGUCCUCUCACAUCUCAACUCUCUUGACUACACACUCCUGCACGAACGAGCUCGAUACCCAAGCAAUCCUUACGUCGAAAAAAUACCCUUGACGAUUCCAAAAACUUCGCCUGACACCAUGGCUGCCAACGACAAGUUUGAAGGCUGGCUCGGCCUCGACAAGGAGUCGGUUAACGGCAACAUGCAAUGGGGUGAAUUCGAGCCCAAGAAGUGGUCCGAGGCGGACGUUGAUAUCGAGGUAGAGUGCUGCGGCAUCUGUGGCUCUGAUCUGCACAUGCUCAAGUCUGGCUGGAGCCAAACUCCCUACCCUUGCGUUGUUGGCCACGAGAUUGUUGGCAAGGCCGUCCGCGUCGGCUCCGAAGUCAAGGAUAUCAAGGUUGGCGACCGUGUCGGUGUUGGUGCGCAGGCGCGGUCGUGCCUAAAGCCCGACUGCGAGGAGUGCUCGACGGGCCAGGAGAACUACUGCGGCAACGGCAAUGUCAGCACCUACGGUUCCAUCUAUCCCAAUGGCGAGGGCAAGUCCUAUGGUGGCUAUGCCAAACACAACCGCACCCACAACCGCUUCGUCGUCAAGAUUCCCGAGGGUCUCUCCUCAACUGACGCCGCGCCCAUGCUGUGUGGCGGCAUCACCGUCUUCUCCCCGCUCAAGCGCAACGGCGCCGGUCCGGGUAAGAAGGUCGGCAUCGUCGGCGUCGGCGGCCUCGGCCACUUUGCGGUCCUCUUUGCCCGCGCGCUCGGUGCUGACAGGGUCGUUGCCAUCUCGCGCAAGGCUGACAAGCGCGAGGACGCCCUCAAGCUCGGCGCUGACGAGUACAUUGCUACCGACGACGACAAGGACUGGGAGAAGACACACAAGCGGUCACUCGACCUCAUCAUCAGCACCGUCUCGAGCGCAAAGAUGCCCCUGACCGGCUACCUCGGCCUGCUCCGCGUUCACGGCACAUACAUCCAGGUUGGUGCUCCCGACGGUGGCGAGCUCCCCCCUGUCAACGCGUUCACUCUGCUCGCCAACGGCAUCAAGCUCGGCGGCAGCGGCAUUGGCAGCCCCGACGAGAUCAAGGAGAUGCUGCAGCUCGCGGCCGACAAGAAGAUCAAACCGUGGGUCCAGACUCGGCCGAUGAAGGAUGCCAACGCUGCUAUUGUCGACAUGACGGCUGGCAAGGCUCGCUACCGCUAUGUCCUGCAGAACUAGACUGGAGUCCUGUUGUUGGCAUUUGGCGAAAAGCUGGGGUGUUAUGGCGUAUGACGGAUUAGAUAAGACUGAAUGAAAUCGAUGGAAUCGUUUAGUUACUAGCUUGUCUUGAGCAAAGCCGCGCAGGAUAAGCGACAACAUGGAUUUCGUGUCAA